UUUACAAUGAUAUCUAUUUAACAGAAGAGCAGGCACGACCAUUUGCAACUUGAAUGUUUCUGGCUCCUUGUGUCAUUAUACUUACCAGUUACUUUACGCGAUCCAAGCCAUCGUAUCUAUAUUCAGAUGGUGACGUCUUUUAAAUCCCCGCCCACUCUCUUCGCGUGGCUGUCAGAAAAUAAUGGACAGACACAGUUUUGACAAGCAAUUAAAGUUCUUUGAACUUUACAAUAAACGUCUAUCUUUAAAACAGUUUAUUUAGACUUACAUGAAACCUUGUGUCAUUUUUCACUUUAAUUGUGCAACGUUAUAAAAACAUACGCGAUCGCCUCGUUUAGAUUGUUUCAGUUUAUUUCCAAUAUUGCAUGCUUAACUUUAAACUUGGAUGAUGGGACUUAACAUGAUCAACCCAGUUAUUUUUCAUUUCAAAAUUAAUUUGAUCUAAGACUGGAGAUUGCAUCGGAAAGCAGCAAAAGUAGUGAGUGAAAGCAAUAGGACAUUGUUUUAAUUUGUAUCGUCUUUACUCCUGUCUGGUGUCAUAUAGCCUACACUUGUUUAGUUCUAAUUAAUGCUCUUUAAUGUGAUGUAAUGUAAUGUGAUUUUUUUUUUUUUUUUUUUUUUUUUCACCAUACAAGAUUAAUAUUGGGAAACUUAAAUUGGUAGAUGCUCUCUAUUUGUGAUCGAUUGUACUUUUGUGGAAUAAAUCACAAAAAUUCCGUGCUGUGUGCGCUGCAUUGAUAGAGGCUAAAGUGAAAGUGUUUUAUAUGAGGCCGUUUGAAGCGUCUGCCUUAUCCAGAUACAGAGGCCACUUAAUGUGAUCAAAUAUAAACGCGCUGUGUCCUGAUUGGCUUAUGAUCUGAUCUGCUUGAUCGGAUCAUGGUGAUCAAGUGUAAACGCAGCCUUUGAUAUACUGCUAUUGUGCACGUUUUCUUCCUUAAUACAUAUUUGUACACUUGCAACUGAAUCUCGAGUCAUUUAUCCUGACAUAAUAAUUUCUGUAAUACAUUUUCAUUUUAAUUUUGUAACUUAUAAAGCUUUAAAGUUAUAUAAAAUAUCUUUAAAUUAUAUGUUAAAACAUGUAAAUUAUGUUACUGAAUUUGAAUCAUUUUACUCCAAACACUGCAUAUAUGGUAUGGAAAAUGUAAAUUUACAAAGAUUUUUACUUUUCUUUUAAGCAGGAUCCAACACAGGAUUCAGGUGUUCUCAGGUCACGCCCAAAUCACUAAUCAAACCUGCAAAGAGAAAUCUAAGGGCAGUAAUUUUUUUGGUGGUAUCUCAUAUGCUCAUCUACACACGCAAAGUUGGUUGGUUCCUUUAUAAUGCAAUACAUAUUUUUGUAGCCUUUAAAGAUAACUGAUUAUCACCCAAUAAUCAGAUUUGGUUCUUUCAUCUGUGGGACUAGAAUGUGUCCCCUCAGGCUUUCUGACUGGUACUGAUUAUCUAUGCGUUAAUAAUGUCUGCAUACCUGUCUGUUUUUCCUGUAAUAGCUCAGUCUCUUUUAGUGUAGGGAGACCGGGGAUGAUUGUGACACUGGUUAGUUGUAACACUUCCAAUUUCUCCGAUCAGGAACAAGUUACAAAUCACCUGAUUCACUUCACACAUACUUGUUUUAGUCCUUAUUCCACAUUUGUGGGAAAGUAGAGCCCUGUGGCAGACACAGCAGAUUUUAGAGGAGAAAAACAAAUUUUUGAUGUAAGAAAGUAACUUUUUUUUUUACUUAAUUUAUUUUUAUUGCAAUUCCUGCUUUGUAGUUAAACUAAUCAAAGUUAAAUUAUGUUUAUUGUGUGUCUGUGUAGAUAUUUUUAAUGCAAGUUGUUAGUGCUAAUGUUUUGGCUGUUAGCUGUAAGGUGAGCUAGUUCAUGGCUACAAGACUCAGGGUUAGUUAUAACAUCAAUGAAGCAUGUUUCAGCCUACCCCAAGUACAUUUUUAGUUGUAUUUAUGCUUUUUCAUUUUUAAUUUCAGUAUGCCUUGGUCAGGGGUGUUCAAACUCAGUCCUGGAGGGCCACUGUCCUGCAAAGUUUAUCUCCAAGUUGCCUCAACACACCUGACUGGAAGUUUCUAGUAUGUCCAGUGGACCUUGAUUAGCUGGUUCAGGUGUAUUUAAUUGGGGUUGUUGUUGAACUCUUCAGGAUGGACACCCCUGGCCUAAGUCUUGGAAGAGAAAGACAAACUGUUACAACCAAAAUGUUACAACCAUCCCCGGUCUCCCCUACUGCAUACGUAAGAUAAGAUGUAUGUAUGUGAUUUGACGUCAGAUUAUGAUGCUCUUGAAAAACCAGUUCUGUUUUCCUGUAAUGGUUUUGAUUUAGUUGAAGUUUGAAGAAAAACAUACCCAGUGAAGAGUUUCAGAGGUUUUUGUUGAGACGCCAUUUCAGAGGUGGAACAAGAAACCAACAAGUCAUCAUUAUUUAAGAUCAGUAUCGGCUGUAAAAAUCCUGAUCUGAGCAUAUCUAUUUAAAACAGUGUGGUGAGACACUGAACAUCCUGAGGAAGAUGAACCACAACAAUAUUCCUGAACAGUUAGAGAACAAACACAAGGAUGUGCAGAUGAGCAGUAACACUGACACUGGAGACAGUGUUGAUGUAACAGCUGACACAGGUGCAAGUGUAAAUGCUCCUGUACUCACUGGAAACAUUAUCACAGGCCCAGUACACAUCAGCUACAUCUUAAACCCUCCAAUACACAAUACACCAACAAGGAUCAAAGGCUCAACUGAAAUGGACAGUAAAGUUGAUAUUCAUCAUUACGGAAAUAUCAGCCUCAGACUGAAGAACAAUUUACAAGAGGAUUACAAGCGGAUAUUAGUUGGUAAUUCACAAACAGGUCAUCGGGGACACCUGAAGGAUAUUUGUAAUCUAUAUGUGGUGGAGAAUGAGACUGGAAGAACAGUGAGUGACCAUGAUGUGAUAGAGAUUGAAUCUACCAACCGAUUUACUGCCAAUGACACACCGAUCCAGUGCAAUGACAUAUUCAAAGAUCAUAUGGGUCGACAAAACAGAAAAGUGCUGACAAUGGGCAUCGCAGGGGUGGGAAAAACAGUCUCAGUCAAUAAAUUCAUCCUUGACUGGGCUGAAGGAAAAGAAAAUCAGGAUAUACUCUUCGUAUUUCCACUCCCAUUCCGUAGACUGAAUUUAAUAAAAAAAAAAUACAGUCUCAUGGAACUGCUUAACAAAUACUUCUUUAGUUGUCCUGAAGAACUGUCCUCUCUUCCUGAAGAUGACUGUAAGGUCAUGUUCAUCUUUGAUGGGCUGGAUGAAUGUCGCUUCCCUUUGAACUAUAAAGAGGACGACAUAUUUACAGAUGUGCAUAAGAAAACUACAGUGAGUAAGAUAGUUACAAACCUGAUCAAGAGAUAUCUGGUUCCUUCUGCUCUCAUCUGGAUCACAUCCAGACCUGCUGCAGCUGGUCUGAUACCACGAGACUACAUUGAUCAGGUGACAGAGGUGCGAGGAUUCAACGAUGAGCAGAAAGAACAAUACUUCAUUGAAAACAGCAGUCCUGAGGUUGCUGGAAACAUCAUCCGUCACAUCAGGAAAUCCAGGAGCCUGUACAUUAUGUGCCACAUCCCCGUCUUCUGCUGGAUCUCUCUCACUGUUCUUGAACCUCUACUGGCUCAAGAGAGCAACGACAAAACACCAACAACUCUCACAGAGAUGUACACAAACUUUUUACUUUCUCAGAAGCAACAAAUGAAAACAAAAUACCAUGAUGGUCCUGAGCCUAAACCCAAAGCCAGGUCUUUUGAUCAGAUUCUUCUGAAGCUUGGGAAACUGGCCUUUAAACAGCUGGAGAAAGAUAAUCUGAUUUUUUACAAAGAAGAUCUUGAGGAGUGUGGACUAGAUGUCAGUGAAGGGUUAUUCACUCAGAUCUUUCAGACAGAAAAAGCUGUGUCAGAGAGAGAGGUUUAUAGCUUCAUACAUCUCAGCGUCCAGGAGUUCCUCGCUGCUCUCUAUGUGUUUUUCAAAUACAAAUACUACGGAAGAAAUGCCUUUCUUCAGUCUGAGAGAAGAAAACUGACAUUGAAACUCUCCAAAACAUCAUUAUUUGACCUUCAUGACGCUGCAGUCAACAAGUCUUUAAAAAGCGAGAACGGACACCUGGACCUUUUCCUCUGGUUCCUCUUGGGUCUCUCUCUGGAGUCCAAUCAGAGUGACCUGAAGGAACUGCUGCCAAUGCUGGAACUGAAAACAGAGAAUGUCAAAGACACUGCUGACUAUAUCAGACAGAUGAUAGACAAGGAGAAAUCAGUAGAGAAAUCCAUUAACCUCUUCUACUGCCUAAGUGAACUGAAAGAGGACUUUGAGGAGGACAUCCAGAAGUAUCUGAGCUCAAGAAAUCUUUCAGCACAGAAUCUCUCCUCUGCUCAGUGGUCAGCUCUGGAGUUUGUGCGGCAAAUUUCAGAAGAGACUCAAGAUAAGUUUGAACUGCAGAAAUACAGAAGAUCUGAAGAAGCACUGAGGUUGCCAGCGAACCAAAACACCAGAAGAGCACUUGUGGAUCAUGGAGGAGAGAUCAGAAUGACAGCAGGACCAAGAAAGUUUGCCUAUGAUCUCACACUGGAUCCAAACACAGCAAACACCCGUCUCAUUCUGCAUGAGGAGAACAGAAAAGUGAAACAUGUGAAAGAUCAUCAGCUCUAUCCUGAUCAUCCAGAGAGAUUUGCUGAUGUUCCUCAGGUUCUGUGUGGAGAGAGACUGACUGGACGCUGUUACUGGGAGGUUAAAUGUAGCGGCUGGGUUAAUAUAUCAGUGUCAUAUAAAGAAAUCAGCAGAAAAGGAGGGAGUGAAGACUGUAAGUUUGGAUCUAAUGACAAAUCCUGGAGUCUCUUCUGCACUGAUAAUAGAUUCACUGUCCAUCACAAUAAUAACAGCAGUGACUUACCAGCUCCUUCACCCCGGUCUGACAGAGUAGGAGUGUAUGUGGACGUGUCGGCCGGCACUCUGUCCUUCUACAGCGUCUCUGACACACACACACUCACACACUUACACACAUUCAUCACCACAUUCAUUGAAUCUCUCUAUGCUGGAUUUGGGGUUGAUUAUUACUCCUCAGUAUCUCUGUGUGACAUUAAACAACCUCCUGUGAGAAACAACAGUGAUACACACACAACCAGGGAUGCAUGAUAUGGAGUGUCUAUUUACACUAAGUGCAAUGUCUGGACGUCUAAAAUGUCUAAAAAGACAUGUGGAAUUCAACAUCUUCAAUGGCACAGAAGUAGCGAGUAAGGCUCGCAGGCCUGGCUUUUAACACGAUCAACGAUGGUUUGAAUCCGCCUUUUGCCGAGCUCGCAUUUAUUUUCAAUAAAAAUGAAAAUAAUGUUCUAAAAGUGGAA